UUCUACUGACUGAAUGAAGGGGACCAUUUCCUUUCGCAAGGCCUGUUCGAUUUGGGCAAACAGAGAGCGGCCGUGCCUUCGUUUGGAUUGUUUUGUUUAUUUUUACGCUAUUUAAACUGGACAGCCACAUGAACGGACAUCGUUCGCUCUGAGUGACGUUUGUGAGCGUGAAGGCACACAUAGCUACAGUACAGCCCCGUUGAUGGAAUAACGACGGGUCCAGACCGGAGAGUGGACUCAGUACAACAUUUACACAUCUUUUUACCCUCUUCAGUCCACCAGACAACGCCAAGGGUUGGACGUAGAGCAGGCAACCCCAGUGGGAACUAGACGAGCGGCUGAGGAGAGGGCCCCGGAGGAUUGUGGGAAGACGCCGGGAGAACCGCCGGAGAGGCUUCGGCUCGCGCAGGCACCUGUGUCCGGAAGCUGUGCUCUGCCUGCGCUCGUCCCCCUCCUCAGUUCUGAUGGUACCAGCUCACCUGUGACUCCUGCCUGAGGACCCCUGCUGCCCCAUCGCCUCCACAAUGUCGGAGAUCCAGACAACAUGGCCGCCGGGCGCGGAGUGCGUGGCCAAGUACAACUUUCAGGGCACCACAGAGCAGGACCUGCCCUUCUGCAAAGGAGAUGUCUUAACCAUCAUUGGAGUCACCAAGGACCCCAACUGGUACAAAGCCAAAAACACGGUGGGGAGAGAGGGCACCAUCCCCGCCAACUACGUCCAGAAGAGGGAAGGAGUGAAGUCCGGGGGCAAGCUCAGCCUCAUGCCCUGGUUCCAUGGGAAGAUCACUCGGGAGCAGGCGGAGCGGCUGCUGAUCCCCCCGGAGGUGGGGCUGUUCCUGGUGCGCGAGAGCACCAACUACCCCGGGGACUACACCCUCUGCGUCAGCUGCGAGGGCAAGGUGGAGCACUACCGCAUCAUCUACCACGACGGCAAGCUCACCAUCGACGAGGAGGAGUUCUUUGAGAACCUCAUGCAGCUCGUGGAGCAUUACACCAAAGACGCCGACGGCCUCUGUACCAAACUCAUCAAGCCAAAAUUGAUGGAAGGAACGGUCGCUGCCCAGGACGAGUUCUCGAGGAGUGGCUGGGCCCUUAACCGAAAGGAACUCAAGCUCCUCCAGGCCAUUGGGAAAGGGGAAUUUGGAGACGUGAUGGUGGGAGACUACCGCGGGACCAAGGUGGCGGUCAAGUGCAUCAAACACGACGCCACGGCGCAGGCCUUCAUCGCCGAGGCCUCCGUGAUGACGCAACUGAGACACAACAACCUGGUGCAGCUGCUGGGUGUGAUCGUGGAGGAGAGGGGCAGCCUGUACAUAGUCACUGAGUACAUGGCCAAGGGCAGUCUGGUGGACUACCUGCGCUCGCGAGGGCGAACCGUUCUGAACGUAGACUGCCUGCUCAAAUUUUCAGUUGAUGUAUGUGAGGCCAUGGAGUACCUGGAGGCCAAUAACUUUGUGCACAGAGACCUGGCGGCGCGGAACGUUCUGGUGUCGGAGGACAACAUCGCCAAGGUCAGCGACUUCGGCCUGACGAAGGAGGCGUCCUCCACGCAGGACAUGGCCAAGCUGCCCGUCAAGUGGACCUCCCCCGAGGCCCUGCGGGAGAAGAAGUUCUCCACCAAAUCAGACGUGUGGAGCUACGGCAUCCUGCUGUGGGAGAUCUACUCCUUCGGGCGCGUCCCGUACCCCAGAAUACCCCUGAAGGACGUGGUCCCCCGGGUGGAGAAGGGCUAUAGGAUGGAGGCGCCGGACGGCUGCCCGCAGGUGGUGUACGACGUCAUGAAGCAGUGCUGGACCCUGGACCCGCUGGUGCGGCCCUCCUUCCACAAGCUGAGGGAGCAGCUGCAGAAUAUCAGAACCAAGGAGCUCUACCUGUGAGGACCACACCCCUGAGCCCUGCAGCCAGCUCUGCGGGGACCUGUCUCAGACACGGAGAGAAGCCUGCCCUCCCCCCCCCCCCCCCC